CUCCUCAUCCGGUUUUGAGAAACGAUUUCUCGUUGUUUCAUUCCCUCUCUUCACACGUCAGUCCUAUCCACUGGAGUAUGUGAGGUGCCACUGGAGGUGUCCACCCCCGAGACAUUAUCCUGGUUAUCGAAUUGGUGAGGAAUUUUCAGGAUUCAACGAACGAUGAGAGACUCGUUGACACCAGCAAUGCCCGGUCCUCGGUAUUUCUCGCGGUAACGAAUCAAGGACACACCAUUGUACGACGAAUUUACCAAUAAUCGAGGGACAUUUCAACUGAUUAUCGAAGAGGAAUUACUCCAAAUAUGGCAACAAGUGAGGAAGGUGUCACCGACCUGAGGGCUGAGAUUGAGAGGCUCGGGAGGGAGUUGGAUUUAGCGUCCACGGAGAAGAUUCAGUCUGCCCAGUACGGACUUGCACUCCUCGAGGAGAAAUCCUCCCUGGAGCAGAGGUGCAACGAGCUCGAGGCACUCUACGAGAAUACCAGGCACGAACUCGACAUAACGCAAGAGGCGCUGGCGAAGUUUCAGACUACAACGAAAUUGACGACUAAAAGUGGGAUUGAACAGGAGGAGAGUCUGCUGUGUGAGAGUGCUGCUAGGGAAACGUCAUUGCAGACGCAAAUUAUCGAGCUCGAGACUGAGAUUAAACAGCUACGCCACGAGCUCGAGCGAGUGCAGGCGGAGCGCGACCAUGCCCUCCAGGAGCGCGAGGACGUUGGCAAGGACCACCAGCAAGCCGAAUCCGAGCGGAAGAAUCUCCGCUCGGAGCUGCGAGAGUGUCGUUUCCGCGAGACACGUCUCCUCCAGGACUACUCCGAGCUCGAGGACGAGAACAUAUCCCUCCAGAAACAAGUGUCGACCCUUCGCUCGAGUCAAGUGGAGUUCGAGAGUGCCAAGCACGAAAUAAGGAGAUUAACCGAGGAGGUGGAGACACUGAACAGUCAGGUCGAGGAGCUCUCGAAUCUCAAGACAAUAGCUGAGAAGCAGAUGGAGGAGGCCCUGGAGUCCCUCCAGGCGGAGCGCGAGGCCAAGUACGCGCUGAAGAAGGAACUCGACCAGAGGAUGAACAGCGAGUCCAUCUACAAUCUCAGCAAUCUCGCCCUUUCGAUCAGAGGAAUCACCGAGGACCAGACGAUAUGCAGUGACGGGGAGGACGACUCCCCAGCCCUGAGGCGCAUAGAGGCGGAUCUCAAGACCCAGGAGCCGGGGACCUCCGCUGCUGGAAAGCAAGUCGACCUGUUCUCGGAGAUUCAUCUGAAUGAACUUAAGAAACUGGAGAAACAACUGGAGCUGGCGGAGUCUGAGAAGGCCCUGUUGACCCAGAAUUUACGAGACAGUCAGCACGCGGUGGAGAAGAGCCAAGGGGAGCUGCAGGCUUUUGUUGCUAGGAUUGUCCAGCUGUCUGCUCAUGUGCAGUCACUUCAGCACUUGCACUCGAAGCUGCCGGAGAAGCAGACUGAGGAGACGGCGAUGGAUAAAUUAACACAGGCUGUCAUGCAAUACCACCAAUGGAGCACGAUGUCAGCCCGAGAGGUAGAGCAGCUCCAGAAAGACCUCUCCGAGCUCGAGACAGGUCUGACAAUCUCAGACACAACUCAACAGCUGCGAACAGAGCUCACAAACCUCCGAAACAAGAUACCACUGUCAGAGAAGAGCCUUCAGGAAAAGCUGCUGGACACAGAGCACAAAAACACCCAGCUGGAGUCAGACGUCGGUAUCGUCUCGAAACUGGCGGCAGAGGCGGGUGGUUGCCUGGACACAGCCCAGAACGACCUCCAGAAUAUUUCCGACGAGCUUGCUCAACUGUAUCACCACGUGUGCGCUGUCAAUGGUGAGACACCGUCCCGAGUGAUUCUCGAUCACGAGAAGAUUGUUCCUAUGAAGGAGGAGGAGUCCAGUGGUAGGAUCGAGUGGUUGAGGACCCUCUCGAAGACUGGGCUGCCUAUCAAGGACCUGGAGAGCCUCAGCAAGGCGAAGGAGAUUGGAAAGCACAUUGAGACUGUCAUGGAUCAGAUUAAACAUCUGAGCAAUGCUGUGGAGCAUACGAUCGACAUGUCCAAGUUGAAGGGAACACAGGGCACUGUGUCUGAUGCUGGAAAUGAGAUCAAAGUAGAAGAAUCAGAGCUUCGAGAGCAGGUGAUUAAACUCAAGGCUCAGCUAUCCACCAAGAUGGAGCAGAUAGCCACCCUUAGAACUGUCCUCAAGUCCAACAAGAACACAGCCGAGGUGGCCCUGAACAAUCUCAAGAGCAAGUACGAGACUGAGAAGAGCAUUGUCAGCGAGACAAUCUCAAAGCUGAGGAACGAGUUGAGGAGAUUGAAGGAGAAUGCUGCUACAUUCUCCAGUCUACGUGCAAUGUUUGCCGCACGGUGUGAGGAGUACGUAACCCAGGUAGAGGAGCUCCAGCGUCAGUUGGCAGUUGCUGAGGAGGACAGGAAGACCUUGAAUCAUCUCCUGCGACUGGCAGUCCAGCAAAAACUGGGGCUCACCAUGAAGCUGGAGGAAUUGGAGGUAGAUCGUGAAUUGAGAAAUUCCCGUAGACAUGGGACUGGGGGUAACGGACGCGGUGGCAGGACUCGAAUGCAACAGCAGUCAAACCGUCCUCACAUGAGUAGAGACACAUCUCAUUUCUUCUAGAAAAUAUUCAAGAUGUGGAGCAAAGUAUUCUGAGUACAUUCACUCAGAGGGGGGGAAAGAACGUAAUUGAGAUAGCAAUUGGUGACAAUUGAUAAUGACCUCGAUCAUCCCUUGAAUUGCCUCUUGGAAUUGACACAUUCGGUAAUGAUCGAUACCUAAUUGUGCCAGAGAUAUUUUUGCAGAAUACGACAGGAUUCACUGGGCAAUCUUUUUUUUUUCGAGGUAUAACUUGUAUACGUGGUCACUCGAGAGCUCCAUAUCGUGGAACAGGUAUUAUAUAUUUUUCCUUCGUUACCAGUAUAAUCUGUUCUACUGUUCAGAACAAUUUCGUGAAACGAAAUGUUUUUUCGUUUGUCUUGUUAAAUAGGGAGAAUUGGGGGGGAUAGGAGAAUGAAAUGAUGAUGGAGAGCCACCAUCGAGUGUAUGGGGGGGAAUGGUAUUUGUGUUUAAUCACUGGUAGUGACAAUACUAUUGUUGUAACGAAGAGAUGAGAAUUAAAAUUCGUAGGUAAUUCAUAAUCAAUUUUAGAUGUAGCAAUGGAGGAUUUUUUCCAUGAAACGAGGGGGGGGGGGAAUUUAGAUACUUAGAGACUUUUUUAUUCGUCAUCCACUGGUUAUAGGCUUCAUCCCUCUGUCCAUUCUGAUGCUGGUAGAUAACUUUGGUAAAAGAGAAAAAUCAAUAAAUUCCGUCUAACUCGUUAAUUUGGCAGCUAGUUGCAAUCUAUGAUAAAAAUGGUAUUAUUGAUUUUUUUAUAUAUAUUUUAUCGUCAAUAAUACAUUCGUAGUAUUAUUUUAUCAUUUUACUAACUUAAUGGAUCAAGUAUUUUAUCUGUUCUUGAUAGACUCGGCUAUUAUCAUUCUUAAAGGUGGUCAUAUGAAUUUUUGAUGGAGCGAAAAAAAAAAUCGCGAGGAGCUAUUAUCGAAAUAAAUUCCCUUUCAAAAAGCUCAAUUGCGUACUGCAUGACUCGUUAUCACGAUAGGCAAAAUUAACAUUAAUAAGGCGAAUGUUAUUACUCUCACAACGUCCAUUUUCCAUUGCCCGGUGAGGCAGUGUAGAGCGAAGCUCGGGAAUUAAUUAAAAAAAUCGUUAUUAAAGUCCUAUUAAAUUUUAUCUACAAAAAGAGAAAAAAAAACAUCACUGAGUAUUAUCGUAUGGAAUGUUUGUGUGCUCACACCGUAAUUGUAAAUCUCGCUUCUGUUCAAUUGUCGAUUUAUUGUUAUAAUAUGAAUUAACAAUUGUGAUUGAUUUAAUCGAUGAGUGAACUAUUAUCAAAUUCAUUCUGAUCAAUUCUUUUGAUAGAUCAGAGAAUUCUAAAUUAUAUUUAUACUGUGUACUGUUAUCGCAAAACGACCGUGUCCACAAAACGCUGCUUAUUACGUAUAUUUGAAAUUGUAUCUAGAUCCGUCUCUCAUGUCACUUGCAUUUCGUCGUUUGUGAAUAUGUCCAUUAUGUUAAUUCGUUGAUUUAACGCCGUCCCUUUGUCAGCGUUUUGGUCGACAACAUGGUCGAAAAGUUUAUGCUUUAUGUCCAAACAACCGAGCCAGCCUCAGACCACCGUCCCUAUUCCCAAUCCUUCCGCCACGUCGCUACGAGGUUUAUGAGAGAAUGAGAGUGAACGAAUUAAGAGAAAUGCGAAAUUUGAAAAAGUAAAAGUGUGGUUUUCCCUUAACAUCUCUUGAUUUAAUGGAGAUGAAAAUUUAUUCAUUGACUUUGUACUACGAAAUUUUAAUGGAAAAAUUAUUUGUUCCAGAGUCAAAUUGACUCAUCCUGUCUUUCCAGUUCAUAACUGAUUUUAUUUCGCCGAAUAUCUCGACACCUGAAGCAGAUGGGCCAUUUUUUAUUGAUCGAAGGUGACCAAAAUUCAUGUUUCUUCCAAAUAUUUUUCAAACAGUUCAACUGUUUUAAACUUUGUUUCGUUACAUAAUGUUUCCAAAAGUGGAAAAAGGUCUUCACAAAAAUAUUCCUGUCCCCCUUCAAUUCCAAGAUAUUUCAAAAAGAAUGACAAAUCCGAAUUGAUUGAACUAUUUUCACAAAUUCGUCAAAAUAUUCUCAAAAAAAGUGAACUGCUCGGAACUAAAAUAAUUUUCUUUAAUAAAAUUUCCAAAAAUGAGAAAAAAGUCUCCACAAAAAUAUUUCUAUUCGCCUUAAAUCCCGAGACAUUUCCAAAAAAUUAAUGCCAAAUUCAAAUGGAUUGAACUAUUCCCCCAAUUUCACUACAGAAUUCCCCCGUUCAUCCCUUCGCACAAAUAAUUCCCGACUACCUGAGCCAAUCUCCAUAAAUAAAUUUCCAGCUUUUAUUCACUCUGCACAUCGGCCAGCCCGUCCGUAAAAUAAUAAACAUCCAGUUGGCAUUGAAAACGCGGGAAAUCUGUCCACGAGAAUACGUUCCUACGUCUCAUUGCAGAAAAAAAAAAAACCUCGAGAGGAUGAAUAAAAUGCACAAAGUUCCUUGGCACUUGUUGAACCAUAAAAUACAGACUCCACUGCGCAUAUCUCACGCGUGAAUAUAAUCGCCGAAUUUAUUCACCACUUUGCCUUUGCACUCCUCAAACUUAUAAAUUUUCUAUGGCAUUUUUACUGUUAAAAAUGUCGCAACGUGAAAGAUUAAGAUAAUGAAUAUUUUUUGAAUGUUGAAAUGUUGGGUUUUGCCGCCAAUAAACUGUCAAUUGCGUCCCUGAUGAUUAGUAUACCCUCGUAGCGACGUGCUGCGUUAAUUUAGAAAUUUAUAAAUGAAGAUAGAGAAAACGACGUUAGGCAUUAUUGAUGAGUAAGGGCAAACAAAUAGUCUAGUGACUAUUGAAAAAAUUUAUAUGUAUAAAUAAAUCAUGGAUAUGUAUAUUAGGUUUGUAACUGUCAUUGGUGAUUGGAAGUGGAUUAAUUACUGGGAUUUGACUAAUGAAAAUUGAUCUUGGAGAUGUUAUUUAUAACGUGACAAUGAGUCAGGGGGUGAAUCCAGCUGCACUUGAGGAUCCAUGCAUUUUACAUUUUCAUUCGUCGAGAAAUGUGGAGUACAUUCUUGGAAUUCUACACGUGUGCAGAUGCUUUAUCGGCCAUUAAUUAUUCGCAAUUCACUUCUCCAUUGGAUGGAAUCGCGAGCUCCUCAUCCAAUUUAUCAACUGUUUUAAUGAAAAUGAAUGGAUCUUGAAAAUUGUACAUAGUGUAAAUGCACAUAUUUUUUGUUGUCCGGAGUUGUCAUUGUUGAUUAACUUGGGAUAUUUUCAUGAGCGUCCAAUAUUCACUGUAUCGUUGGGGGACGAUGGAAAAAAACUAUAUUAUAUGAAUAUACAAUAUUUCGCCCAUUAAUAGAGAUUCUUUUUGUAACAUAAAUUAAUUAAUUGAUGAAUAUAACCAUUUGUAACGGCA